AUGCGCAAGCCAGGAUCACUUCCAAGACAAAAUGAAAGCGAAAACCGCCUCCUGGUUACGGCGUCGGCCAUUGUACUGCAAGGUUACCGUUUCCUCCAUUGUUUCUUUGUUAUUUCUAUAAUUUGCUAUUCAUUAUCUAUCUAUCUAUCUAUCAGAUUCUGUUCAUAUCUAUCUAUCUGGCUAGCUAGCAGAUUCUGUCCAUAUCUAUCUAUCUAUCUAUCAAUCUCUCUCUCUCUCUCUCUCUCUCUCUCUCUCUCUCUCUAUCUAUCUAUCUAUCUAUCUAUGUUAUUCUAUUCUGUCCAUAUCUAUCUAUCUAUCUAUCUAUCUAUCUAUCUAUCAGAUUCUGUUCAUAUCUAUCUAGCUAGCUAUCAGAUUCUGCCCAUAUCUAUCUAUCUAUCUAUCUAUCUAUUUUAUUCUGUUCAUAUCUAUCUAGUUAUCAGAUUCUGUACAUAUCUAUCUAUCUAUCUAUCUAAUUCUGUUCUUAUCUAUUUAUCUCUCUCUCUCUAUCUCUCUAUCUAUCUAUCUCUCUAUCUAUCUAUUUUAUUCUGUUCAUAUCUUUCUAUCAGAUUCUGUUCAUAUCUAUCUAUCUAUCUAUCUAAUUCUGUUCGUAUCUAUCUAUCUAAUUCUGUUCGUAUCUAUCUAUCUGAUUCUACUAAUAUCUAUCUAUCUGAUCAUGUUUCUAUUUAUCUAUCUAUCUAUCUCAAUCUAUUCUUAUCUAUCUAG